GCGUUCCUUUCUUCACGCAGAACAAGAGAGUCGUGGUGGUGAAGUGUUGAGAGGAGAGGCAGAGCCUCGCCAUCGCCAUCGCCAUCCCCAUCGCGAUUUCAUCUUCCCGUCGCAGCAAAUGCCGCCGCCGUGCCCGACCCUCUGCCGCCUCCCCGCGACUAACCUCGGCCUCCCUUGGUGCCCCCGGUCCAUACCUCUCCCUCGCCUCGCUCUCGCCGCGCGCCGCGCCAGGGCCGUCGCUGCCAGGGCCUCGUCAUCCUCUUCCUCGCCGGACUCCUCCUUCGGCUCGCGGAUGGAGGACUCUGUCAAGAAGACGCUCGCCGACAACGCCGUCGUCAUCUACUCCAAGUCGUGGUGCUCGUAUUCAAUGGAGGUCAAGGGUCUCUUCAAGCGGAUUGGCGUGGAUCCACAUGUCAUCGAGCUCGACCAGCUCGGUGCUCAGGGACCACAACUGCAAAAGGUGUUAGAGAGGUUGACUGGACAGUCCACCGUCCCUAAUGUUUUCAUUGGUGGAAAGCACAUUGGUGGCUGUACAGAUACAGUGAAACUUUAUCGCAAAGGGGAGCUAGCAACAAUGCUGACGGAACUGGACAUCAAAGUGAAUCAUCAUGACAAGAUUGAGCAUGACUAGAUUUCUGAAGUACCGGAGCAGUUUGGGUUUAUUGGUUUGAGACGUUACUAGCAAAUUAAUUUUUUGUCGCGUAUAUCUGUUGCUGAAACUGUGAAGGAAGAAAACCCUCUGAAUUCGACAAAAAAUCCGAGUUGGUGUAGUGUUAUCGUGAAUCUGAGUUCCUAUACUGUCAAAGUGUCAAUGCAUAUUCUGAUUUGAUUUCUACACUGAAAUGCAAUAACAUGACCGUGUGAAAAGCAGCACUUCCAUGGAUGA